AUGCGGAACCACCACCGCGCAAUUGAGUUUCUGAUGAAUUCGGCGCAAACGAGCCGGGCAAGGCCCUGCAACAGUUCGGACGUCGGGCUUUGUCAACCUCCGCGCGUCGGACGUACGACCGGCCGCGGCGCGGAGGCUUCCAUACACAGAUGUCGCGCACCGCCACGCCAUCGCGCAGACCCGUCGAUGGCGUGGAUAUUGACGCGGAAAAUCACACACAGGUCGAGCAUGAAGCUAUUCAUCAUCUCGUUGAUCCUCAGCGCCGCGGCCGCGUUCGCGCCCGCCGCCCCCAAGGCCGCCGCGCCGCUGACGGUGCGCGAAAUGCAUGUCGUCUCGUCCAUCGGGUCCUGGAAGAAGCGUUCCAAGACCUGCCAAGUCAUCCGCCGCCGCGGCCGCUACUACGUCAUCGACAAGAAGAACCCGCGCAACAAGGCGCGCCAGGGCGGCGCGAAGAUGAAGCCCUGGAAGAAGGGCAAGUAG